GGUCCCCCGCCCCCUCCCUCCGCCUCCUCCUCCCUCUCCCUCGCCCGCAGCCGAGCGUCCCCUCCCCCCACCCGUCGGGCUCUUCGUCGGCUACUGCAGAGGAUUCAGAGCCGAGUCUGAGGAGGAGGCUCCCGUUCCCUGCGCGCCAUCCGCCACCUUACUGGACACGGGCGAGGGAGCGAGAGCGUCGCCACUGUAGCCUCCAGAGAAGACAAGGGCAUCGCCGCCUUCCGCCGUCGUCUUCGCCUGCAGCGGCUAGCCGGUUUCUCAGUCUUCCGCAAUGAACCCAGUGUAUAGCCCCGUGCAGCCUGGGGCUCCUUAUGGCAACCCGAAGAACAUGGCCUACACAGGUUACCCUACAGCCUACCCGGCAGCAGCCCCUGCCUACAAUCCCAGCCUGUACCCCACCAAUAGCCCCAGUUAUGCUCCAGAGUUUCAGUUCCUGCAUUCAGCUUAUGGAUACCAUGAAGCAACUCUGCUGAUGAAACAGGCCUGGCCACAGAACUCGUCUUCCUGUGGUACUGAAGGCACCUUCCACCUCCCAGUGGACACCGGGACCGAGAACCGAACUUACCAAGCAUCCUCUGCGGCUUUCAGAUAUACUGCGGGGACACCAUACAAGGUCCCACCAACCCAGAGUAAUACUGCUCCGCCCCCCUACUCCCCAUCACCCAACCCCUAUCAGACGGCCAUGUAUCCAAUCAGAAGUGCCUACCCCCAGCAGAAUCUGUAUGCACAGGGAGCCUACUACACACAGCCGGUGUAUGCUGCUCAGCCCCACGUCAUCCACCACACCACGGUUGUCCAGCCCAACAGCAUUCCCUCUGCCAUCUACCCGGCGCCUGUUGCUGCCCCCAGGACCAAUGGUGUGGCCAUGGGCAUGGUGGCUGGCACCACCAUGGCAAUGUCAGCAGGUACCCUGCUGACCGCACCCCAGCACACCGCCAUCGGGGCACACCCUGUCUCCAUGCCAACAUACAGGGCCCAAGGGACCCCCGCGUACAGCUAUGUGCCCCCGCACUGGUAAAGCCUGCAGCCCAUCCAAAUCUGGAGUCACACAUUGUAUGCAACUACUCAAGUCUUACACAGGUGCUGGAGCAGUCCCCUAGCAGCACCACCUCUAUUUGCAAGAAGAGACAACGGAAGUGCAAGGGUCACUUUAUGCAUCUUUAACGGUUUUGGUUUUAUUUUUGGUUUUUGUAAAAGCUGCUUUUUCUAAUCUCCUGCCUCUCCCCACUGUCCCCUUCUUAGCCGCUACCCUUCCAGCUCUAUCCCUUCCUCUUGACCAGGCACAUCCUCUUUGCUCUUCUCUCCUUCCCCAAGCAUCUGGUCCCUGGGGACCCCAGUCUAGUGGCAGGCAGAGAGUGGGGUUUAUUGCAAUGGUUCAGCUGAAGGUGUGAUUUCCUUUGACGAGCAUAACACAUGUGGCCCUCGGGUCCAGGGUAGAAACUCAGAGCUGUUGAGCAGGUUACACCUCUGGGGGAUCAUUUAUUUUUCCUAAGCAAGAUUAUUUGAGGACAUGGCCAUGUCCUAACGCAAAGGGAAGUCUUCUGAGAACCAUCGCAACAGACCAAGAACAGAGCCACCUGAUUAGGUAGGAGUGUUCAUAGCCGCUUAAUACCCCAGGUGAGAACCUGGGAAAACCAGAUUCUUUCUUUGGGAGAACUUGGGGGAGGGGGGGGGCACUGUGGGAGGGAAAGAAGGAAGAGAGGUGCUUGCCUGCUGGCUUUGGUUUGUAAGGUCUCUGGCCAAAUUGUCUGGGCCUGGACCCUCUGAUUUGCACAGUGUUGUUAACCGACCUGGCACUUCCUCAAAAGGUAAUUUUGACCUCAGACCUGCCAAGCAGCUGCAGGGUGAUGGUAUCUCAGCCUCCCAAAGCCUUGGAACGCCAGGUGCCCUAUGUAAUCCGGACCUUGGCCCCUGAGCCCACGUGGACCCACUCUGAUAAGAUGCUUCCUCCUGAUUAGAGUGGGAACCUGUGGCACUUCUCUCCCUACCCUCUGCCCUUCCCGGUACCAGGGCUCACCAGUCUGUCCAUAGGGCUUUUGGUUACCUUGUGCCAUUCAUGGCCAAAGUGAAGGAACCACAUUCCAGGUGGGUGCUGGCAGCUCUGAAGGUCAGGAUAGUGAAGGAAAAGCAAUAGCAAUAAACAUUUCAUAGACUCAUGGAACUGAAGGGACCUUAGCAAUCAUCUCAUCCAUUCCCCUGUUUGAUUGAUGAGGAAGCUGAGGCCCAGAGAAGACGGAAGGACUUCCCUAGAUCUUGCAGUAAAUUAGCAUGAAAUGCAGCCUUCCUACCUAGGGGCAUGUUACCCACAAAAAUUUACCUAGGGAUGGAUUAGCUUGGUUUUGUAAAAAUUAAGUCAGCAGCACCCACACCUGGUGAACUCUGGAACAGUCUCUGGGCUUUGGUUUCUGCUCUUUUCCUCCAUGGAUUCCAAAGGAGGGGGUUGAAGACUGGGCAGAGGUCACAUGGGGGCAGAUGGCAGGAACAGAAAUUGCAAAUGAGGAAAUAGCAUUCGGAAAUUCUGGGAAGACAUCUGGAACUUUCAUUCUAUACCGGACUCCAAUCCUAGAAGGAGCAAGUGGGCUGGCUGAAAAGGAGAAUCUAUGCUUUUAGGACAGUAGCCCCUCAUCCUGAGAAGAGAGGAGGACAAGGAUGAGACCCAGGAAACAGGGGCUCUCAUGGUAGAAGAGGAACUUCUGAGUCAGGAAUCAUGGCUAGUCUCAGCCUGGAGCCCACUGUCCCAGAACUGUCCCCUGUACCCGGCUUCUGGCUGGGCCAGCAGCCCCUUUGGGGAUGGAGGGGUGCAGGAACAUUUUAUUGUACAAAAUGGGAUCAUUGAUAGCAUUUGGAACUUCUAAAUAACCCUUUUCAUUUUAAAUUCAUGCAUACUUGGACAUACUCCUACCUGUACCUCCCAUGUCUCCCUUAAAGGAGGAAAAAUUUCAGGAAACUUGAGCCAGAAGGACCUCAGAGGCUGUCUGGCCAUUCCCAGGAGGGCAGAGCCCAUCAGCAUCCAACUGAGAGUCAGGAGUUGGGGGACCUACCUUCUUGGCCUUCCAGGAAACUGCAGGACCAGUAAGGAGAAACCUAGCUAUUCUAAAUGGUCUGUUCUAGGGUGCUGAUGGGGUUUCAUUUUAAAACAACAGUUUUCCAGUGUUAAUCCAUUUUUUGCAAAUACCUCCUCCUACUCUUUGGUUUUGUAGGGGUGUGUGAAGGUUGCUCUAGAUUAUGUCAUAUGUGUUUGGAAAAUGCCAAAAUACUACUAAUGAUAAUAAUAGGAAACCUCUGCAUUUGUCAGGUGCACCAUAGAUUUCAGAGUGCUUCCCAGCAUUUAUUUUACUGGCCCUGAGAAAGAGGCGGGGUCGGAGUUCUUGCACCCAUUGAACGAAUGAGGAAACUGGUUCUAGAAGGAAAGGGAACUUGCCAGUGUGAGCAGAAUGCUAGUGUCUUAAUAGGCUUCUCUGAACCCUGCUGCCUCUAGGUGAGCUGGCUAGAACCACAGAGAGGAGGUAAAAAGGAGACGUAGGAAUGACCUAAUUACUUUUGUUCUUUCUAUACCAGUAAGUAAAAACUAACAUCUAGUACCUCACAGUUCACAAAGCAAUUUCACAUCCAUUCAUCUGGCUUAACCCUGUGAAAUAGAGUAUUCCUCCCAUUUGAUCCAUGGGGACACGGAGACUUGGGAAAGCAAAGAGACUUGCUUAUCAGUGGCACAGCCACCCGAAUCCCAGUUUGUCCGCUUUCCCUCCAGUCAGAUUCCACACACAGGCUUGUGGACUGAAGCGUCUGUGCUCUGCACCCCCCCUUUGCCCUAGUAUGUAAUUCCAGAUCAAAGACCAGCCCCGAGGCAAAAAGGUGCAGAAAGGCCGUGGUCUGGAAGAUCCCAAGUCCAGCACUCCUUUCUCAGUAUCUGUAGUAGAACCCCAGUUCUGCUGGCCUCCCCUGCUUGCUUUGACGGAGAUCCACAAGCCUAGCCAAGCUUAGGGAGUCAUCGCAAAGGGAGUAAGUCCAGGAGAGCAGGGGCAAUAGUGUGCCUCGGGCAGGAGGAACAUUCCUGGUAGGAUCAUAAGCAUCUGCUGGGCAGCAUCCAAAAGUACUGGAUGGCCCAAUGGCAAAGCUGGACAGAAGGUCAGCUGGAAAGGCUGGGUCACUGUAGGAAGGCCAGCAAGCCAGAGAGGACAAGGGGUGUGCCCACAGGACAUAGCUACAAAGGUGGCAAUGGCAUGCAAACGCCUCUCCGCUGUCUCCCCCACCCCAGCACCACAAGCUUGGUGGCCGGGGUUAGGGGCGCUGGUGGUUCCAGUCAGUAGACUGUCCUCUUGGUUUUCCCGGCUUCUCCCUGACUCCCUCUCCUCAUCAGCCUAGGGCCCAGGAAUCUGGAGUCUGGAGUGCCCCCAAGUGGUCAGAACAUAACCUUGUUGCCACUUUCUGAAAAAACGUAAUGUUUUCUUCAGACA